AUGCCUUCCGAGUCGGACGCAGCAACGACCAACCUCCCGCCUCAGACAUACGAGGGCGUCUUCACCAUGGCCGUCUCGUGCGACAUCGACGCGCCCAUUGAGACCGUGUGGGACAUCCUCACCGACUUCCCCAAAUACGGCGAAUGCCAGCAGAUCACGGACGCCGCCCGCCGCCCGCUCGCGGACCAGACCCCCGCCGCGGGCCAGCACCUGCUCAUGCACGUCCACAUCCUGCCCACGCUCGACGACGCGCGCGCGAAGCGGACCGCGACGUUCGAGCGCAUCCUCGCGUGCGACCCCGCCGCGCGCCGCCUCGCGUGGGCCGUGCUCCUCCCCGCGUGGUUCCUGCGCGCCGAGCGCUGGCAGGCGCUCAGCGCGCUCGGCGGGGGGACGCGGUACGAGUCGCGUGAGGUGUUCGCGGGCCCGGGGGCGUACCUCAUACGUAUGAUGAUGCGCCGCGGGCUGCAGGAGAGCUUCGACGCGAUGGCGGACGCGCUGAAGGCGCGCGCCGAGGGACAACACUGA